AUGCGUUUCACCGCCCUCACCACCGCCGCCCUCCUAGCAUCCAGUGCCCUGGCGGCACCCACCCCCUCCCCACAACCCUCUCUCGCCCCGAACACCGCAACCUGCGCCCUCACCUACAAAAUCUACUCAGGCGCCUACACCGUCAAUAUCGGCCGUCCUUUCCACAACGGCGCCGGCUGCGACUACGUCAAAGCCGCGCUCAAAUCCAAGGUCGAGCUCGCGACGAAUUUCAAGUGCAAGGAUGAUGGCUCCGGCCAGACUGUGCUGUCGUGGAAGACGAAUAUGAAGCAGACCAAGGCGAACGAGGGACUGCAGAAGGCGUAUCCGAUGAUUGAUUUUGUGGGGGGGAAGGUUUGUGAUCCGUAUUUGCCUUAG